AUGGCGCACUCUCCCGGAGCCAUGGAUGUUUGCUUGGACAUUUUUGGACAGCAGCCGAGACUCAACAUCCACACGCAAAUUUGUCUCUGCUUUGCAAUGCCCAACCAUGUUGCGCAGUCCGCCAUCGUGAGCACACUGACUUCGGGCCUUGAGCGGCUAUCGGCCAGCUUUCCAUGGGUCGCAGGCCAGGUCGUCGUCGAGGGCUCAAGCGCUGGAAACACUGGCGUCUUCAAAAUCAAGGAGCUGCGAGAUAUUCCAUACUUGGCAGUAAAAGACCUCAGGACCGACGUCUCAGCUCCGACCAUGGCGCGACUCAGGCAAGCCAACUUCCCGAUGGGAAUGCUGAAUGAAUCCGUCAUGGCGCCUCGCCACACCUUUCCCACAGCCGACGACAUGAGCAGAAAUGACCCUGGUUCGCCCGUCUUCCUUGUACAGGCAAACUUCAUCGUCGGCGGUCUGGUGCUCACGUUCCUCGGCCAGCAUCAGGCCAUGGACAUGACGGGGCAAGGACAGAUGAUGCGGCUCCUCUCCAAGGCCUGCCAUGGCGAGUCCUUCACAAGCGACGAGAAAUUCUCGGGCAAUCUCCAACGCCAAACCGUCGUUCCUCUUCUCGACAACUACCACGGCGGUCCCGAGCUUGCCCGUCACCUGGCCACCCCCGCGACAGCUCCAAAUCGCAAUGGUCUCGACGACGGUGGGGAGCCUGCUCGAAUUGUCUGGGAAAGCUUUAGCCUUGAUCCCACGGCGUUAGCAUCUAUCAAGUCGAUUGCUGUCAAGACUCUCCCGAGCGGUUCCAGCUACGUAUCCACUGAUGACGCCCUGAGCGCAUUCAUCUGGCAGAGCAUCAUGCGCGCCCGCCUCCCUCGCUUGCCGCCCGACACGGAGACGACCUUUGCGCGGGCUGUUGACGUGCGCUCCUACGUCGACGUGCCCGCGACGUACACGGGUAUCGUGCAAAACAUGACGUAUACGACGUACACGCUGCAAGAGCUCGUCGCACUGCCGCUGGGCGCCAUAGCAUCCAGGCUGCGAGCCGCCUUAGAACCCGACACCACCAUCCUGCCCUUUCACACGCGUGCCUUGGCCACCUACUUGCACGGCCAAGCCGACAAAUCACACGUCUCACCCGUCUCGUCUUUGCGUGUUUCGGUCGACGUGGUUGUGAGUUCGUGGGCCAAGACUGACAGCUACGCCCUCGACUUCAACUUGGGACUUGGCAACCCCGAGGCGGUCCGCCGGCCGUGGUUCACGCCGCUGCAGAGUUUUGUGUAUUUCAUGCCGCGAAAGGGCGACGGCGAGAUGGCUCUGGCAGUGUGUCUUGCAGAAGAGGACAUGGAGAGGCUGAAGGCAGAUGAGCAGUUUACGACGUAUGCCAUGCACGGCGGAUAA